AUGUUGGCCAUUACCGUGACCACAGUAAGGGACGGUAAGGCCCUGGUACCGGCCAUCAGCGUACAGGGUGGACGAGUGAAGUUGUCUGCGAAAAAGGAACUGGUCACCUGGAUAACCAUUGAAAAGGUCAUGGAGGUGCUGGUCAUUAACGGCGUCAUGAUCCACGAUAAGCUAGAAGAGUGGUUGACUGAGCUGGGUGAUGGCAAACAGGGGGUGUUGGUCAAUGCAGCAGAUUGUCCCCCGUUGAUGACGCUUGAUGUGCAGCAUCAUAUCGGCAUUGGCAAAGAAGCACUAAUAAUGCUGAAGAGAUGGCAACAAGCUGAGACGAAAGACGCGAUCGUCGCGAACGUGGCUCAGACGCUGCGAGCUGACUUCAUCGAGGAGAGCAAUGAUGCUUGGGGCUUCCCGGUCGUGUUGGUCCGGAUGAAAGUCGGAGAAGUUCGGUUCUGCGUUGAUAACCGAGCAACGGCAGCCAUGUCGGCAACGGGACGGACAGACCAACGAGGACGUGGUGCAGCACGACAGAAUGCAGUUGGACCAUUUACCGAGACGUCCGCAACGACGACGAAGGACGGCAGGAUCGAAGGUGACUAUCCGGAGGGGCAGACGACAACACAGGAGGACGGAGAAGCUCCGGAUAGCAGCGAGACGGGGACGACCAGUGUUGGAUGA